UUUUUAAAACCAUUUUCCACAUUGUUCGAGAAGGUCCGCCAUGAUAGCUGAUGUAUUCAUCAUCGCUUGACAUUUUGUCGGAACAUGAUAUUUUGUAAAAUUUAUUUUAAAAUAUGGCUGACUCUUUUUUCGGGUUUGACACAUCCGUACCAGGUGGCGGUCUAGACGAUGCUAUAGAAUGUCCGUUAGACGAGGACGAUAUUAUCGAAGAAGAUGAGUACGAUGCAUUAAAUGAUGAAACAUUCGGUCUAGCUACCAAUGAUGAUUGGGAGAAAAAUCAUGAGCAAUUAGCACAGAUUGCUGAGUCCACGAGAUUGCAAAAACAAUUAACCAACAACAAAAAUGGCAUUGACGUGGACAUUGAAGGAAGUCUUUCGCAUUUGGUAUUGGACGAGAAAGAUGGGAUUGUCCCGCGACCAGGUGUAUGGGACAGCCCAUCAAAUUUGCCAAUUGUCCCGCCAAACCCACCUCUCUCCGUGGCCUUGAAAAAUGUUUGCACUGUAGAAGAACUAGAACGUGGUUUAAUGAGACCACCACCAGGCUUAGUAAAACCAUCAACACCUCAGCCAACAAACAUAAACACAAACAAUAUAAAUACAACAACGAUAAAUCAACCGCAGCCCCAACAAUUACCAAUACCCAGACCCGGUGGUCAAUUUCCACUGGACUAUCCAACUAUAAAUGAUCAUAUAUCUGCUAAUUUACGUGCUAACAUCCUGAAUAAUAUGCCGCCAAGAUUUCCACCUGGAUUAUCAAUGCCCGGUCAACAUCCGGUGAUCCUGCCACCGAACGUGCGACUGCCAAACGCACAAUUGUUGCAAAACACUCGGCCACUCGGUGGCAAUCCAGCCGCCGCAGCAGCUGCCGCUGCAGCAGCCAACUUACUAAGAUAUCCUCUGCCUCCGCAUUUAAUGAUAGCUCACAACAAUCAGCGGCAACCAAUGCACGGUAAUUUUCCAGUCGGUAAUUUUCCUCAACCCCCUCGACCCAAUUUACCUCCGCCCCAAUUUAUGCGGCCAGAACAUCCUCUUAUGUCACCGUUUCCUAAUAAUCUACCGAAUCACCAUCAGCACCACCAGCAGCAGCAUCAUCAUCAACUUCAACAUCAGCACCAGCAGCACCAGCAACAUCACCAGCAAAACCAACAUCAGCAAAAUCAACAUCAACAGCAGCAUCACCAGCAACAACAGCAACAGCAUCAGCUGUCCAUCAAUCAACGGAAUCACAACCGAUCAUCCUAUCAAACAAAUGAUCAAUCCUCAUCAAAUAAUCAGCCGUUCUUUAAAAACAACCAGCACUGGAAUCAGAACCGUAACAAUCAAAGGUACCAUCAUCAUAACAAUCAUCACGUUAAUGGUUACAAUGAAAACGGGGAAUACGACGAGUACGCAGGUAUGAUGAGCAAUCGUGAGAAGCAGUGGCUGACUAACAUACAACUGAUGCAGCACAACACCAACCAGCCGUACUUUGACGAUUAUUAUUACACAGUAUUUUGCGACCGUCAGAAUAAGAAAAAUAACGAGAACUCGGAUAACCAAAAGGAUAAAAAACAAAAUAAUAAAAAUGGUUACCGCGAUAGGGACAACAAGGAUCAGUCACAGCACAUACUUACUAAAGUUGUUUAUACACCAACGCAAUUUGAAAAUUCAUUGGGUAAAUUGCAGUGCGGAAGUGUCACUGCUCCACGUAAAAUAAUAGACAUGGAUGUGGUGCCCAACAGCGAUCCGCAACAAAACCAACAGGCGCAGCAGAAGGACAUGAAAAAGGCGCGUCAAAGAUUGUUGGAGAUAGAACGUCUGUAUACGGUACAGUUGAAGCUUGAGGAUGUCAACAAUCCACUGGCUUUGUUGGCUGAACAACAAGCUCUGCAGCAGCAGCAACAGCAGGAAACGGACCAAGAAACUGAGAGCAAACCGGUAAAAAAAACGGCGGCGGAACUCAUAAAUGUUAUGCUCACGUCAAUACUGCAGUUGCUAAGGGAGGAUAAAUUGUCGAGUAUUUUGAGCAUCAGAAAGGGGAAAACUUUGUUGCUGCGUUUUUUACCGUUUCUCAGUGUCACUGAGUACACUCAGCAGCUUGGGGAAUUUUGGGUCGGAUUCAUUCGCGGUCUUGCUGUUAUAAGUCGUCGUGACGCUAAUUAUCUUGUGCGAUUUUUUCCCGAGUUUCAUAGAUGGAUUGAGACGAUUGAUGACUUUUAUAUUUUACUACGUUUGGCUAAAGGCUUUUUAGAAUCUGUUAAUCAGCCGAAUAAAAAUAACAAUAGUUUGGCUUUGGCUGUUACAAAUAAGUUUGGAGUAUCUGUGUUAGCCUCGUUAUUAGAAAGAGCCGAAACUUUGUAUCCAAAUGAUGAGGACGGAUUGUCUGGCGAAUGGUCGACAUUUAUAUUAACACUUGCAGAUAUUAUCGGAUCAUCGCCACCGAGUGUCGCACCGUUUCAACCGAUUCCCGCUAAUACACUUAAUGAACACUUGCAAAGAAUUCGUGGUCUUACUAUUGAGAGGUAUGCGCCAUUAGAAUCUUUAUUAACAGACGCUAAUCCAUCUCUAUAGACUGAUCUUAUUAAACCUGUGGGUAAAUUUUUUUUCUUUUUCUUCGCAAUAUAUUUACUUUCUCACUCAAAAAUAUGAUACAUUUAUUAUUAUCAUUAUUUUUUUCUUUUAUUGAUUUAUAUCAAUCGUUCUUCCAUCCAUGGGAUGUAAAUAGUAAUUGUGAUUAAAUUUAUAACGAAACAAUGACUUGGAAAUUAAAAAAUUCUGACUUGACAACUUAAUUUUUUUUUG